GGGUGGGGAAAAAUAACGGUCACAUCCCACUCACAGCAAAGCGCGAGCCAGUUUGUCAGUUAACUUUAACGAUAACGCUCUUCGCUUCUAGCUAACCGAGUUUUUUGUAGGUUUUUGUGAACACGAUGGAUUAAAACUACCAGGAUAAAGUGGAAAACGGAGCGUAGAAGUGUUACAGGGCGGCUGUGUUUUGUUUAGUUAUUAGUGUGAUGAUUAACAACGUUUUAAUCGCACACAGUAAAGUUUUGUGUGAGCAGGUUUAGCCUAUAAGUUACCGUUAACGCUCAAUGGCUCGCGCAUGGUCGAUGCUCGCUGCAUAGCAACACAUUUUUCCCAUUAAAAACCUUUCUUUUUUUAACACCAUGGACUUUUUAUACAGAGUUUUAAACUUAUCCUCUCUUGUGAGUGUCCUCCAGGUUCUCGGUGACAGUGUCGUACCGUCCAAGCAUCCAGGCCUGGAUGUGCUGGCCACUGCCUCACACUACUGGCCCCUGGAUGCGGUGGACGGACCACGUAGCCUGCGGGAUCAGAUUGGGAAUAGAACAGGUCAUGUUAAUGGGAGUAAUAUAACACUAAGAAUCCACAACCACACUGUCCUGCCUUACCAUAACUCUUCCUCUGUGUACACCAAUGACUCUGCCUACACUAACAUUUCCGUCUCUGUAGAUAUCGUAGAGGGAGUGGUGAAUAAAGGCAUUUAUCUCAGCGGAGACAGAGGAGCCACUUUUCUCCAUUUCGGUAACUACAGAAACUCCUGCAUUAGUGACCCCACGCUGUGUGGACCACAGGGUGUGACGUUCUCUUUCUUCUGGAAGAAUCAGGAGAUGGAGUCACGCUUUGCCGUCUUGUCUGGAGGGAAGAUCAUUUCCAAUGGCUUCUCGGUGUACGCGAACCCGGUGGGGGGAUACGUGGAGUUCUACACCAGAGGAAACUCCAGACGCUGGAAAGUUCACAUUACACCACCAGGACCUUUCUGGACACACAUUCUCUUCACAUGGACUCUGAAAGAUGGCUUGAAGGUAUACAUAAAUGGCACCUUCAGUGUCAGCGAUGAGGUUGGCGGCGUGUCACAGGUCUACGGCGACACCUACACUGACCUGGUGAUCGGAACAGGAAACAGGGAGUCCUAUGAGCACUAUGUGACUGGGGCCUUCGAUGAGUUUGUCAUUUGGGAGAGAGCUCUUUCGCCCAAGGAGAUCUGGCUCUACUACAAAGCAGCAAUAGGCGAAAAGGUGAAUUUUCCUCCGACGACUGAAUCUCCAACCUCCGUCCAGACUACAACGAGUACUGAUGGUCUGCAGGCAGUAACAGCAUCCACCCUCCCCGUUAACCUGAGUGAGAAUGUAGGCAGUGCUGAGGCUGGGGCUUCCAUACCCAUGAUGGCAUUUCUUCAUUCUCUGCCCUUUAGCCUGCCCAACAAGACCAUUUCACGGGACACAGCUCACAACCUCACACAGACAUUUUUGAGGAGCGUUGAUGAGGUGAUGUCUUCCAGUAACUGGAGAGAGGGUGAGGAGUGGACUCCUGUGGUCAGUGGACUCAUAGACACAGUAGACAAAGUCAUGGUGCACAUGGUGUCCAACCUCCAGUCUAACCCGAACACUCCCAUCACAAUUGGUGGAAAGAGUUAUGUUGCAGAUUACUCUCUGAUGAAGAUUCCUCAGAACUACAACCUGCCCAGCUACAGGUUCCCCACUCAGGGCAAAAACUACAUCUCAGUACCAGGAGAGGCCUUCACUAUGCAAAGCCAGACCACCAUUGUGGGCCUUUUCUACCACAAUAUGCACAACUACUACAAACAGAUCAGCCCUCUGCGAACCAGGAUCAAUGAGGCAGUGGACUUUAAGGACUGCAAGAUCCAGGUGGCCAGUUACCUGAUCUCUCUGAAGGUGGAGCCCUCUCCCGCCCUGUCGGUCAACCUGUCCGCAGAACCACUCAUCAGAAUUGUGCUCACACACCAGCUGAGUAAAGAGCAGCAGCUUCAGGCCUUAAAUCAAAGCAACAAAGUCUUCCUCUACUGUGCUUUCCUGGACUACAGCUCUAAGGAAGGUGUAUGGUCCAAUGAGGGGUGUAUGAGAGCUGGAGGCAACCUGUCCUACUCCAUCUGUGUGUGUAACCACCUGACCAACUUCGCCAUCCUCAUGCAGGUCGUUCCUAUGGAGCUCACAAAGAGCCAUCAGGUGGCACUCUCCACUAUUACGUAUGUUGGUUGCUCCAUCUCCAUCUUCUGCUUGGCCAUCACAUUGGUCACCUUCGCCGUGCUCUCGUCUGUGAGCACCAUCCGGAACCAGCGCUACCACAUACAUGCCAACCUGUCCUUCGCCAUCCUUGUAGCCCAAAUCCUUCUGCUCAUCAGCUUCCGCUUCGAGCCUGGGACGAUGCCCUGUAAGGUGAUGGCAGUGUUGCUGCACUUCUUCUUCCUGUGUGCAUUUGCCUGGAUGUUGGUGGAGGGGCUGCACCUCUACAGCAUGGUGGUGAAAGUGUUUGGCUCUGAGGGGAGUAAACACUUCUACUACUACGGCAUCGGCUGGGGGUCUCCGCUGGUCAUAUGCGUGGUGUCCAUGACGUCAUCGCUGAGCAGUUACGGGGAGGUCGGAAACUGCUGGCUGUCUCUUCAGAAUGGAGCUAUCUGGGCAUUUGUAGCACCUGCACUGUUCGUCAUCAUGGUGAACAUCGGCAUCCUCAUCGCUGUGACGAGGAUUAUCUCCAGAAUCAGCGCCGAGAACUAUAAAGUGCACGGAGACGCAAACUCUGUGAAGCUUACUGCUAAAGCGGUAGCAGUGCUCUUGCCUAUCCUGGGCAUCUCAUGGAUCUUCGGGGUUUUAGCUGUUAAUGACCACUCUCUACUCUUCCAGUACAUGUUUGCAGCCUUCAAUUCUCUGCAGGGCUUCUUCAUCUUCCUCUUCCACUGUCUGCUGAACUCUGAGGUGAGAGCGGCCUUCAAGCACAAGACCAAAGUCUGGUCUCUGACCAGCAGCUCAAUCCGCAACAUCAACGUCAAGCCUUUCAACUCAGACAUUAUGAACGGUAACAAAGGGGGCGUGAGCCCGACGAAGAUGCACACAUGGGACAAAAGCACCAACUCGGCCAAUCGCAUCGACCUGUCAGCAGUCUAAGAGGCGCGCGGUGAGCAGCCAACGGCUACUGAUCAAAGGACCAUAAACGGACACUAAAAGUAGAACUUCUGCUCAAACACACUGGCUGUUUCAGCCACAGUUUUUUCCACAGUGACUCAAAACCUUUAUGAAGUUCUCGCAGGACUGGAGAAAGAGUGAGUGAAGAAAAGAAAAGACUGCAGGCUUUCACAGCUGCUAGCAGACUUACGCUCAGUGCUCUGAUGUCACUCUCUCCCCCUUCACUCCAUGAAGAUAAACAGAGUUUUAGACAGUAAUAAGUUGCAGAUGAAAACACAAGACUCAUUGUGUUGGAUGAAUGUGCUCUGUUCAGUGUUAUAAACUAUAAACGUUCUCCUUGUAAUUCUAGUAACUGCUGGAUUCCACUGCUGUCUGUUACUUGACACUAAACUGUGACACAAGAUGCUGGGGAAGGAGGAGUAUUCCGUUUGCUGCCACAUACUCAUGGGACCUGCUAUUACUCUGAGUAGAAGGACUGAAAAAUCUGGCCUGGCUUACGUGUGGACCGUGUACUAGUUUCCCUCUCAAAGGCACAUGAACAUGUAGCUGGCAGGACUUUAGUGGCUGCAGCAAGAGACAUUCCUGAGGAAGCACACGGUUCCAGUAUGUAGCAUCCUGCAUCAAACAUACAUUGUGUGUCAGUUCCUUCGUAAAGGGAAAGCCAAUGACUUCAUUUUUCCGCACUGUUAUGAAGCUGUAUUCUAACCUGUGUUGAGACGUGUUUUGUGCUACAGAAUUGCCUUCAUGUUGGUGUUACAAGAGUUUCAUCAGAUGUCCAGACUUAAAUAUUGUAUGUUGUGAUAGCUGUAAGGAGACAAGCAUGUUUUUGGGGGGGUUAAAAACAUUAGAUCCGGAUACUAAGCGACAUACAAAGCGCAAAGUUUAGAUAUUUGUGGCCACUUAUAUUCAAAACGUCUCAAAUAUUUAUGUUAAGUUAAAUUUUUAAAGGCAAAGUUUAAAAAGUGUAUUGCAUUACACUUCUUAACUGCUUGUCUCGCUUAAAGCUAAAACAGUGCAAUAUUUGCAACUGUCAAACACUUAAGUUACAAAACUUAGUUUGAAGUGAUUCUACACAGCCCUUACUUUAAAUAUAUAACAGCAAAAUUUACUAAGUUAAAGGCUGUACUUAAGUGCAUUGCAUUAACUGCUUCUCUCACUUCGAGCUAAUACUUAAGUGUUUCAUAGCACACGUUUUUUUGCCACAGUCACUUAAGUGAUGAAACUUAGACUGACGUGAUUUUAUGCAGCUUGUUUAAAAUAAGGGUUGUAUAAGUGAAAAUGUGGGGUUGAUAAUCAGUUAAGAUGUUUUAUGCAAGCAGCCACUGAUGGUCAUAUCUUAAUGAAAGCUUUAUGAUAAAAGUUUUAUUCAUUCUUCCAAAACUUCACAACCUGAUUUUGAAAUUGUGUCUUUUAAUAGGACUAUACAAAAUCAGAACACCUGUAUAUCUUUCAAAUGGCUGCCUGGGCUCGACCGUGAUACCAUCAUGAAAAUAUUUAUCUACUACAAAUCAGACUUAGAAUCAUUUCAUAUAUUUAGUCUGUAUUAUAGACAAAUCAAGAAGCUAAAAUGUACCGAUCCCCAAAGUGGACUUUAGUUUCUCCAGAGUAGCAGUGAGCAGUUAAGUUUAUAUACAGUGUAUAGUUUGAAUACUGUGGGUAAGGAGUGAGCCCCUGUUAUUAAACAUGAAUUCCACAGAUUUCAAAAGUUCUGUAUAAUUAAAUCGUUGAGAUGUGAGUCAUUCAGAGUGGUUUGGUGUGAAAUAUUCCUUUCUAGAGAAACUUACAGAGUCAGAACUGU